AUGGAUGAGUUUCAGCUGGCAGAAGAGACGGCCUUUGUUGUGGAAGAAGUGAGCACAAUCAUAAAAGAGUCUGUUGAAGGAGCCAUUGGAGGGAAUGCUUACCAGCACAACAGAGUGAAUCAGUGGACCACCAAUGUGGUAGAGCAGUGCCUCGGUCAACUCAGCAAGCUUGGCAAGCCUUUCAAAUACAUCGUAACCUGUGUCAUCAUGCAGAAAAAUGGGGCAGGUAUACAAGCAGCCAGCUCAUGCUUCUGGGACAACACAACUGAUGGAAGCUGUACAGUGAGAUGGGAGAACAAGUCUAUGCACUGCAUCGUCACCGUUUUUGGUCUUGCCCUCUAAACCAACUACACGUUAUCUGUAAUUUUUCUGAAAAUGUGC